AGGAGGUCCUGCCGCGCAAGCUGCAGAGCAAGGCUUUACGGGCUCCUCGGAGAGGGGGCUGGGCCCGCAUGGAGGAAUUUUCUAGAGUCCUCUGGAAGGUUGGCUUGGUGCUGGCAGGGUUCCGAGGACCAACCUCCGCCUUCGAGCAGCCGCCCUCGCGCUGCAUUACGUCCCCAUAGGUUCUGCUUCACAGCUCUAGCUUCCGCGGGGUCUCGGCUGCCUCGUGGAGUGGGCAGGCUGAUCGCACCUCUGGGCGGAGGACUCUGAAGUGCAAGCGUGUCAGGUCCCCACGGCAGUUUGGGUCGUUCCUGAGUGUCCCCGGGGGAGGCCAAAAGCAGGGGUUCCCGGAUCCCUAGGACGGUUCUGCUCUUCUCCAAGAGAGGCGCCUGGUGGAGGAAAGAAUGGCUGUUGCGUAUCUAAAAACCACGUAUGAGGGGGUGGUGGUGUUCAGUGAUGUGACUGUAGAUUUCUCCCAAGAGGAGUGGGACUGCCUGGACUCUGUGCAGAAAGUUUUAUAUAGAGACGUGAUGUUGGAGAACUACAGAAACCUGGUCUCAGUGGGACUUUCCAUUUCUAAGCCAGCUGUGAUCUCCUUACUGGAACAAGGGCAGGAGCCCUGGAUACAUGACAGAGUGCCAGCUAGAGGCCAGUGCUCAGUUCAACCAUCAACAUCUGUAACCAAGAAAUCAUCUUUAAGGAAAAAAAUUAGUAAUGUAAAAUCAUUCCAGUUGGAGUUAAUGAAAAGAAUUAUAAAGCCAGGAUCAAGUGUCAGAGAUAUUUGGGAAUGUAAAGAUCAGCCUGAGAGAAAACAGUUACUUCAGAAGGCACAUUUCAGCCAAGUAAUAAUCACCCAUGAAGAUGUACCUGCUUUCAAUCAGCGUGUAUCUCUUACUCUACACCAAAGAAUUGACAAUGAAGAGAAAUCAUACGAGUGUAAGGAAUGUGGAAAGGCUUUUACUCGUGGCUCACAACUUACUCAACAUCAGAGGAUUCAUACUGGUGAGAAACCCUAUGAGUGUAGGGAAUGUGGGAAGGCCUUUAGUUGUGGUUCGGCACUUACAAAACACCAGAAAAUUCACACUGGUGAGAAACCGUAUGAAUGUAAGGAAUGUGGUAAAUCUUUUAGUUGUGGCUCAGACCUUUUACGACAUCAAAGAAUUCAUACUGGUGAGAAACCCUAUGAAUGUAGACAGUGUGGGAAGGCUUUUAGUUGGAUCUCAUACUUUUCUCAACACCAAAGAAUUCAUACUGGUGAAAAGCCUUAUGAAUGUAAGGAGUGUGGGAAGGCAUUUAGAACUAGCUCAUACCUUUCCCAACAUCAGAAAAUUCACACUGGUAAAAAACCAUAUGAAUGUAAGGAAUGUGGAAAAACAUUUUGUUGGAGCUCCUAUCUUACAAAACAUCAGAGAAUUCAUACUGGUGAGAAACCCUAUGAAUGUAAGGAGUGUGGGAAGGCCUUCAAUAAGAAUUCAAAACUUGUUCAGCAUCAAAGAAUUCAUACUGGUGAGAAGCCCUAUGAAUGUAAAGAAUGUGGAAAGGCCUUUAGUAGGAGGUCAAGCCUUAUUCAGCAUCAGAGAAUUCACACUGGUGAAAAACCCUAUGAAUGUAAAGAAUGUGGGAAGACUUUUAGUUGUAGCUCAUACCUUUCUCAACAUCAGAGAUUCCACACUGGUAAGAAACCCUAUGAAUGUAAAGAAUGUGGGAAGGCCUUUAGUUAUCGCUCUAACUUUACUGUGCAUAAGAAAAUGCACACAGGUGAGAAACCCUAUCACUGCAUGAGCUGUGGGAAGGCCUUCACUAGGAGCUCAAGCUGUAUUCAACAUCAGAGAAUUCAUAAUGUUGAUUAACCCAGUGAAUACAAGGGCUGCUUAGGGGAUUUUUUUCAUGGUUCAGAGUUUAUAAAACUAAAGGUAAUCAAAAUAAUAGAAACAUCCUGUGAACAAAAUAAAAAUUGGAAAAAUUAUCAACAUCUUCAAGUUAAUUUGCAUCAGAAAAUCAGAUACAUUUUACCCUUAUAAUCUUAUGGUGUAUAUUAAAAGGUUUAUAUUUGA